UAUUGGUUCAUAAGAAUCAGCUGUUUUAAUUUUCGGCUCGUGCAAGUGAUAACAUCCGGAAAACUUUUAUAAAAAUGCAAUUAACGUUAAUUAACUUCUUCAAAAAAACCGUGCCUGGACACAUUUUUCGAGGUAAGCGACGACUUAUAAAACCGGUGAGCAAACGCGCAAUUGAAACACUACGUCGUGAUUACGAAAGGCAGGAGCAAAAUAUGUUAUGGUUGCGACACCCUUACUUAACUGUGGAGGAAUCGUCGGGUCAUGCCAAAGAAUUGGGAAAGACUGAAGCUAAGUUGGCAAUGUGGAACGACCGACGCACAUUAACCAAAAUGAAACCACACAUAACCAUUGAGGAGAGACUUGCACAUUUGAAAGUAAAAGAAGCCUGGGAUUAAAUAUAAAUUAUUAAUUAAUAUAUUAAAUAAAACAUAUUAAAAAAAUAUCUGAAAAAUUACCCACAUUAUGGAAUACCGUUUGACGUCUGCAAGUUAUUUCUUAUAUUAACUCGGCACACGGUGAAUUUGUUUUUCCUUGUUUAUUAAUAAAUUGUUUAAUACAUAAUA